UUUAUCACUUUUUUGCUAUGGCAACAUAAAACAUGUUUUCGCGAGAAAACUGUGAGAGCAUUGUGAAUGAAUUUUAUUUUGAUCGUGAAAUUACUAUGAAAUAAUAGUGAAUAUACGUCUUUGUGUAAUAAUAUUGCAGUGUUCUAUGUUUUAUGUGACUUCUGUGUAAACUGCCAUCCAAGUGGAGCUGCUAAAGAGACUUCUUGCCAUGGCAGGCCCGUCCGACGGGGAACCCGAAGGAUGGGUCGAGUUCUGUGAGCGUCAGGCGAAAACCGCCGCCCAGGACUUUGCCAAGGCAUGGAUACAAUACAUACACCCCGGGGGCAACGACCCAACCGCCCGCCCACCGGUCACCAACAAGGAAAUCGUAAAGAAAUUCUGCGAAUGCUUCACCGACCAAUUCGAGUUUGAAGUGGUGAAAUUAAAAACAUCACACAAAUUACCGAAUGGAACGCACACAGGGCACGACGAGAGCGACUAUUCGGAGGAUACUGAUUCUCCUAAAACACAACACAAACCGUUCUUCAGGAGGUUAUCUUUCAAAGGUCUUAGGCGUGGUAAAGGAUUGUUCCACAAACAACACUCUGACGAAGUAGAAUUAUCGUCAAACCUAAACAAACAUAACAAGACUAAGCUAGCUAAGAUAGUUGUAGAAUGUAGGAAAGAGGGCCUGGUAAAUUAUUUGACUCCAGAGAGCUUAGAGCAACCUGGUGGUCCACAGAAAUGGGAGAGAUGUAGACUGGCUUUAGUGAAGACUGUUGGUGGAUAUAUGCUCGAGUUUUAUUCUCCACCAAAAGCUCAAAAACCUCGUAGUGGAGUAUUUUGUUUCUUAAUAUCUGAAGCAAGAGAAACUACUGCCCUUGAGAUGCCUGAUCAUGAAAAUACUUUUGUAUUAAAGGCAGACAACAAUAUGGAGUAUGUUAUAGAGGCUGCUGAUGUGGAUGACAUGAAGUCAUGGCUAGCUACGAUAAAGUAUUGCAUGCGAUCACCGCCUACCACACAGCCGCCACCCGAUGCUCUACCAGGAAUGCCAGAGCCCGCUCCACCUGACCUGCCACCACGAAGAGAUCUACCCACUAGUUCUAGUAAUGUAGACUUAGCUACCGAUACUCCUGAAGAGGCUGAAUUAGGUUCAAUAGCCGAAGAGGGCUGCGAGUCGUCCCGCAUCUCGCUGGCGGAGUGGCCAUGGUUCCACGGCACGCUGGCGCGGUCUGCCGCCGCCGCGUGCGUGCUGGCGGGCGGGGCGUCGGCUCACGGCUGCUACCUCGUGCGGCAGAGCGAGACUAGGAGGGGCGAAUACGUGCUCACCUUCAAUUUCCAGGGCAGAGCGAAACACCUCCGAAUGACCCUCAGCGACUCAGGCCAGUGUCGGGUGCAACACCUGUGGUUCCCGAACGUGCACGACAUGCUGGAACAUUUCCGAGCCCAUCCCAUCCCCCUGGAGAGUGGGGGGGCCGCUGACGUCACGCUGACAGAAUACGUCGUGUGCCAAGACGGCGCCAGGCAGCAAGUGGUAGUUUCCCUCGGCAGUGACGUGCGCAUGCGCCGCGCCGAGCUGGAAGCGUUGUCCGUCGCCAGUGGAGCUCAUCACGACGUGAGAGCAGUCGAUAAUCAGUACAGCUUUGUCUAACAUCAACCAGUCUACUGUGAAGCCAGGUUUGUCUGCUGCAUCGGAGGUACUAUUGAUGAACCCGUAUCCGUGUGAUUCAAGGUAAACUUAGGACGAUCACGAUCAAAUAUUAGGGAUUUUUAUUCUAGUAAUUUUGAUGGUUUUUGCUUUCGGACUCCUUUUUCGGGUGUUUCUCGUUUUCAGUCCACGGGGCAAGUACGACUUUAUUCACGUAGAUAUAAAGACCAUCUUCUUUAAACUCGAUGGGCUAAAAGUCCGCCGUCGAAAAAUUAACUCUGCCUAGCUGAGAUUCGUGCGGGUACUCCUAAGUUUAUCUUUUUAAGGAGGAUUUUCUGCAGGUUUGGUUAUUGUUCACUUUGAUAUACACAGCUGUAAUAUAAUAUAUUAUAUAUCAUACAACUGAAAGUCACACCGUAUGCAUUAGAUGUUUCUUUGCCUUUGCAGUCAAUAUUUAGUAUUUUCAUCAAAACUGCAGAAAACAGCAGGACAUCUAAGGAAAGAGAUUACCGAUCCGUUAACACCUCAGUAUAAAAAUAACCAAUGAUUUGAAUAAAUAGCGGGUUUGGAUUUCAGAAAUCAGCUCCAUAGUAGAUAAAUUAAUCAUUCUCGACUAAUUAUGAAAUAAUGUUGUUAGUUACUUCCAUUAUUUCUUUUAUUUUCUAAUUGAAAUAGGUAAUUGUUGCCUUUGCUAUUAUUACAGAACAUCAUAAUCAAUAGAGUAAAUUAAAAAUGUUUCUAAUUCAUUCAGAGUCGAUUAAAGGAAGUUUGCUUGGCACCACUAAGGGCGUGGGCUGCCUUAAGCAGGUUCACGGAGCAGACGCCAGCUCCGCGUGCAGUUUUAUGUUAUUUCAUAGAGCAGCGUUGCGUGAAGCGGGCCUCCGGCAGGGUUACCAACCCUACUAUGUUAGGGGAUUAAAUACUAUAUUUCUGAAAAAAAUAUAUAGUAGGCGAAACUACUAUAUUUUUCUUAAAGCAAAUUUUUGACAGUAAGAGCUUUCUUAAAAAUUACUAGAAAUUGUUAAUAUAUUAUAAGUAAGACAAAGAGCAACAAACAUAUAUUUAUUUCAAUAAUAAAGUAAAUAUUUGAACAAUAUACUAUAUAUUUUUAUUUUUUUUUUGUUUAACGUAACGCUUCGAAAAUACUAUAUUUGAUAGAAAAAAUGUUGGUAACCCUUGGUCUCCUGUCACAGCGCUGAUCUAUGAAAUAAUAUGAAACUACACGCGGAGCGAACGCCCUCUUCGUGCUCCCGCUUAAUGCAGCGAACGCCCUAAAACUUAAUUUAUUUAAAUUCCAGUGUAGCAAUGUUUGUUUGUGCAAUAAGUGUGGUGUGUUAUUUAUUCUAGAUAAUAAGUUAUUAUUUAUAUUAAUUAAGAAAAUGCUCUUGAGGCUUAGCCAAAUUCGUGUAAUUGUAAUGAUGUAUAAUGCUAUUUCACAUAUUGGGAAAUGUGCUUAGGGUAGGUAGGUAGGUAGAUAAAUAUGUAUAAUACUUAUAUUAAUAUGCAGCAAAGUAUUUAUUGAUUGCCCCGGAAGGGACUUUCUUAGUGUAGAUUGAAGUUUAAGGAGUUUUUUUUU